AUGUCACCCUUCCUGCGCAUCGGCUUCUCCAACUUUGAGAUGGAGCCGGGCCUGGAGUACCAGGAGGAGGUGCUCAACCCUUACUGCGCCGUCUACAUGAAGGAGGCCUACGAAACUGAAAAGGGCCAGGUGUACAAGCAAAAGAAGCCCACCAUGUACCCGCCGUGGAGCACCACCUUCGACGCGCACGUGCACCGAGGCCGCGUCAUGCACGUGGUGGUGAAGGACCGCACGGCCGAGCUCAAGUCGGAGGCCGUCGUUUCGCUGGACUCGUUGGCCGCGCGCUGUAAGAAGGACGCCGGCAAGCUGGAGAUGUGGUUGGAAUUAAAGCCGCAGGGACGCGUGCUGAUGGAGGCCAGAUAUUAUCUGGAGAUAAGCGACGCGGCGGGCAAGGCCGAUGGCGAAGGUGAACGCGAGGGUCUGUUUACGCUCCGUCACCGUCGCGGCGCCUUCAAACAGGCCAAAAUUCACCUGGUCAAGUGUCACGAGUUUAGCGCCACCUUCUUCCCGCAGCCCACCUUCUGCUCCGUCUGCAAAGAGUUUGUCUGGGGUCUUAACAAGCAAGGGUACCAGUGCGGACAGUGCAACGCGGCCAUCCACAAGAAGUGCAUCGACAAGGUCAUCGCCAAAUGUACGGGAUCGGCCGUCAACAGCAAGGAAACCAUGAUCCACAAGGAGCGCUUCAAGAUCGACAUGCCGCACCGCUUCAAAGUGUACAACUACAAGAGCCCCACCUUCUGCGAACACUGCGGGACCCUCUUGUGGGGCCUGGCCAAGCAGGGGCUGAAAUGUGAGGAAUGCGGCAUGAACGUCCACCACAAGUGCCAGAGGAAGGUGGCCAAUCUGUGCGGAGUCAACCAGAAGCUGAUGGCCGAAGCGCUGGCCGUCAUCGAGAGCAAACAGCAGGCCCGGAGCGCCAAAGAAACGGAUAUCGUCGGUCGGGAAGGUCCGGUCGGCGUGGACCAGCCGGGGACCGUGCAAGAAACGGGUUCGGCGACAUCUGCGACUAAAGAGGUGCGGGGCGUUUCCUGGGCAGGGCCGGCGGCGGCCGAGGAACCUCUGACGGAAGAAUACCUUUACGAUGUUCCCGAGAGCGAUCGGCCCAAGUUCUCCUUCGACGACUUUGUCCUGCACAAGAUGCUCGGCAAGGGCAGCUUCGGCAAGGUGUUUUUAGCCGAGCUUAAAAAGAGCGCUCAGUUUUUCGCCAUCAAAGCUUUGAAGAAAGACGUGGUUCUGAUGGACGAUGACGUGGAGUGCGCCAUGGUGGAAAGGAGGGUCCUCUCUUUAGCCUGGGAGAACCCCUUCCUCACACACCUACAUUGCACUUUUCAAACCGAGGAGAACCUGUUCUUUGUGAUGGAGUACCUAAACGGAGGAGAUCUCAUGUUCCACAUCCAGAGCUGCCACAAGUUUGACCUGCACAGAUCCACCUUCUACGCGGCCGAGAUCGUCUGCGGCCUCCAGUUCCUGCAUUCCAGAGGAAUCGUCUACAGGGACCUCAAGUUGGACAAUGUGCUGCUGGACUGCGAGGGACACAUCAAGAUCGCCGAUUUUGGCAUGUGCAAGGAGAACAUGUCGGAGGAGGCCAGGACGUCCACUUUCUGCGGGACGCCCGACUACAUCGCUCCCGAGAUCCUACUGGGCCAGAAGUACAACAGCUCGGUGGACUGGUGGUCCUUCGGCGUCCUGCUCUACGAGAUGCUCGUCGGUCAGUCGCCGUUCCGCGGCCGAGACGAGGAAGAGCUUUUUCAGUCCAUCCGCACCGACGACCCCGCGUACCCCCGCUGGCUGACCCGAGACGCCAAGGACAUCCUGAUCAGGCUGUUUGUCAGAGAGCCCGAGGAGCGGCUGGGAGUCAAGGGGAACAUCAGGUCGCACGGCUUCUUCGGCGCCACCGACUGGACGGCGCUAGAACAGCGGAAAGUGACGCCUCCCUUUAAGCCCGCCUCGACGUCCCCCGGCGACUGCGGCAAUUUCGACAAAGAGUUCACCGACGAGAAGCCGCGCUUGUCGCGCGCCGACCGGACGCUCAUCAACAGCGUCGACCAGACCGUCUUCCGGAACUUCUCCUUCGUCAAUCCCGGCGCGGCCCGCCCGCCGGCGCGCUAA